AUGCCUGAUUCGGCGCCAUCACAAAGCCACUGCGGCACCCGCUACCCGAUCUGGUUAUCCGGCGGUCACCCAAAGGUCAGUAACGGCAUAGUGUCACGACGACUGUGCACAUACUAUUCCUCUACGUGUGCUACCAUCUCUCAUUAUUCAAAUCUUCAACAAUAUGAAUACGUCAAGGUGAAGAAGUGCCCAGGAGGAUAUUAUGUGUAUCAGCUGCCAAAUCUGCAAUACAUGUGUCACAGGGCAUUCUGUGCAGUUAAAGACACCAGUGACCCUUGCCUAGAUAGUAACUGUACAUACGGGUGUGUCAACCAGAAUGGCCAGGCGCAGUGCACGUGUCCGGCUAACAUACUCAACUCAAACCAAAACCAAAGCUGCGUAUCUCCGUGUUCAAGUGACAAUGGCGGAUGCAGUCAUACUUGUCGGUCACAAGGAGCUGGUAGCAAAACUUGCGAGUGCCCAGAUACCAUGGAGUUGGGCAAAAACCAGAAAACGUGCGUGGACCCAUGUAGGAGAUACAAUCUUUUGGAUCAGGAAUGGAGAAAUGCACGAUAUGGUUCAAACAGUUAUUGUGACGAUACGAAUAGUUUCGAAGGCUGGUACAGAUUUGUGAAAGGCGCAGGCAACCGGAUGGCGGACUCGUGUGUGACCUGGGGUCAUUGUGGAGGAAAUGGUAAAACACGAUGGCUAUUAGGAGGUCAUCCAACUGUGAGGAACGGCAUCGUCAAAAGAAAGAUCUGCACUCGGCCCUCCAGCUCCAGCUGUACCUGCUACCACAACUCGCACACCACCUUUGACUACGCCAUGGUGCGGAAAUGUCCGGGCGGGUACUUUGUUUACAAGUUCCCUCAGUAUCAGUGGAGUUACUGCCAUGUUAACAUGUGCGGAGUGACCGACACCAGCGACCCCUGUCUGAACAGUACUUGUACUCACGGCUGUACUGGUGACAAAGGGAACCCAGUGUGUACGUGUCCUAGCAACCUGGUGCUGGCGGAGGACAAGAACACGUGCGUAUCCCCAUGCGACAUAGACAAUGGUGGGUGUAGUCACAGUUGCCAUAGUGACGUGAAUGCUACCAUCACAUGUACAUGUCCACCUGCACUGGUUCUGGCAAGAGAUAAGAAGAUUUGUGUAACUCCAUGCCUUUACCAAAAUGGCGGUUGCAGUCAUUUCUGUGUAGCUGACAAUAAGGGGAAAAUAUCCUGUGGGUGUCCGGCACAUCUGAUGUUAGCGGAAGAUAAACAAACGUGCAGUAAGAAGUUUUGGUGA